AUGACAAUGAGUUCCGAUUCCCGAUUGAGUUUGCAGGACUUCCUACAGCCACUCCAUGUCGACCUUGAUAAAAUACACACCCUAUCACAGGCCUUCUACCACAACUUCAUCCAUCUCGCGGCUGAUGACCUUGCUCAGUUCUUGCCCACGCCCAUCUCCGAAUCCAUUCUGAAACCUGUCAGCAAGAGUGGCCACGGAAGUGGCGGUUCCAACCUCAGAGUGGGCUUCAUCGAACUGUCGCCAGAGGAGGCUGUCUCGUGCGAGGGGGGUCACGGUCUGACCAAUGGGGCUUCCAAGGGCGUGUCCAACGGCGCGACCCGUGUUGCCCGCCUUAAAGAGCAGUCGUGGCCUAUCGCCGAGCAUCUCAAGAGCAUGAACGAUACCAAAUUGUUCGACUGGAUUGGCGAAUGCAUCGCUGCCGUCGUCACCGAAGGCUGCCGCGCCUGGGCCCUUGCCGCCGACGAGCCGAUCCCUCUGGGCAUCACUUUUAGUUUUCCCAUGGUCCAGCGGUCCCUCAAUGAAGCCUCUAUCAUAGCCAUGGGCAAGGGAUUCGCCAUCCACGGCGAUGUCGAGCUUGGAUCUCUGUUACUGACUGGCUACAACAAGUCCCGCCGAGAGCUGCCGCCGAUUCGCAUCGCCGCCAUAGCCAAUGACUCGGUCUCGACGCUCGUCUCCUUCAACUACCUAUACGGCGAGGACGGCCGCAAGAAAGCAGCCAUGGGUCUCAUUGUAGGCACGGGCUGCAACGCAACCAUCCCUCUGAAGCUCGCCGCCCUCCACGAAAGCAAACGACCUGCAAGGAUCAGCCUGCUCCCGGGCGAGGCCCCGGAGCAGGUCCGCAUCGCUGUCAACACGGAGUGGAGUAUCAAGGGCUCUGCACCGCCACUCCAGAAACUCGGCCUCAUAACGAGGUGGGACGAGGCUCUCGAUGCCGCUGGCGAAAUGCCUGGUUUCCAGCCGCUGGAGUACAUGACAGCAGGGCGCUACCUGGGCGAGCUGGGGCGACUCCUGCUGCUAGACUAUCUCCAUAGUCGUCUGGGUGUCGAUAUCUCGGUGUUGCCCAGCGCGUUGUUGACGCGCCACGGCAUGACGACGACCUUUCUGAGCCACUUCCGACCCCUGGACCCAGAAGUGCUGGUCUCUCAGUUGGAGACUGAGUUCCCAAGCAACGCGCCUUUCCGAUGGACGACCGACAUGGCCACGGCGCUCUAUCACAUGAGCAAGGCAAUCGAAAUCCGUGCGGCAGGCAUCGUGUCUGCUGCUGUGGCUGCGCGCUCCUUCGCAUGGCCGCCAAGACCGGCACAACAAAAGCCCAAACCCGCAUGCCGCCCAAGGACAACCGGCGCCCUCCCCGUCUCCGCCGCCGCUCGCACCGCCCCGUCCCGAACACGACGCACCCGAGCCCGGCCCGGCUCUCGCACUCGCCGUGCAUGCGCCGCCGGGGAUGACGCGCCCGACGCCGCCGCGGCAGAAGCGCAGGUCGCUGGCGAGGUCGCAGCCGCGGCCGCACGAGGGGCACCGCGAGGCGCUGGUUCGCGGCGCUCGAGGAGCCAGGCGACUUUGAGGCGGACGCCCGUGUCCGUCGUCUGGAAGAAGUGGCGGUUCGUGUGCUUCAGCGACAGGGCGUCCGGGUAG